AAAAAACAGAGUCCUUUGCUUGUAUGUACAAAAAGAACAAAACACUCCAUAAAAAAAUCGUAUCUUUCCAUCGCUGCAAUCUCUCUCUAAUCUAUCGAAAAUGCAAAACCCUUCAACGGCAACAACCCAUGAAUCAGCAUCCUCCGCCUUUGGCUUCCUCACACGUCUCACCGGUUUAGCCUCCCUAAACCGGUCUCCUUCUUCGAACCCAGAUGGGUUUGCUCUCUCAACCUCCAAUGCAUUGUUCUUCAACGGUACACGGACUUUAACCCCCCGGAGAGCAACGCGAAAGGCCCUAGCUUCACUGAGCUUGAACGCUAAGAGCAGUGCAGGCUCGAGUCUCCGUAGGUUUAUAAGUGAAUUCAAUAGCUUUAUUAGGUUUCACUGCGAUAAGGUUGUUCCCGAGAGCUUCGCCUCCGUUGGGGUUUCGAGAGAUGAGAGUGGGGUUGGGGUGAAUGAGACCGAUGGGGUUUUGGGGGAGGAGGGUUUGCCGUUGAGUGGUGUGGAAGCUGAUGGGCCCAAGAAAGUUUUGAUUUUGAUGAGUGAUACUGGUGGUGGUCACAGAGCUUCCGCUGAAGCCAUUAAAGCUGCUUUCAAUCAUGAGUUUGGGGAUGAGUACCAGGUGUUUAUUACGGAUUUGUGGACGGAUCACACACCCUGGCCAUUCAACCAGCUUCCCAGGAGCUAUAAUUUCUUGGUGAAACAUGGGACUCUUUGGAAAAUGACUUACUAUGGUACAGCUCCACGCGUUAUUCACCAGUCAAAUUUUGCAGCAACUUCAACUUUUAUCGCCAGGGAAAUUGCACAAGGGUUGAUGAAAUAUCAACCAGACAUUAUUAUCAGUGUUCAUCCGUUGAUGCAACACGUCCCACUUCGUGUCCUUAGAUCAAAGGGGCUGCUUGAUAAAAUCGUCUUCACGACCGUUAUUACAGACUUGAGCACUUGCCAUCCCACAUGGUUUCAUAAGCUUGUGACAAGAUGUUAUUGCCCGUCAACAGAAGUGGUGAAAAGGGCACAGAAGGCCGGACUUAAGACAUCACAAAUCAAAGUCUAUGGCCUUCCUGUUCGACCUUCCUUUGUGAAACCAGUUCGCCCAAAGGUUGAUUUGAGAAGGGAACUAGGGAUGGAUGACAAUCUUCCAGCCGUUUUGUUAAUGGGAGGAGGUGAAGGAAUGGGUCCUAUAGAGGCAACAGCAAGAGCUCUUGGAGAUGCUUUGUAUGACGAGAGUCUUGGUGAAGCAGUUGGUCAGGUUCUUAUAAUAUGUGGACGGAACAAGAAACUGCAAACCAGAUUAAGCUCCUUAGAUUGGAAAAUACCAGUCCAGGUUAAGGGGUUUAUAACAAAGAUGGAGGAAUGCAUGGGUGCCUGUGACUGCAUCAUUACAAAGGCUGGUCCAGGCACUAUAGCUGAAGCUAUGAUAAGAGGGCUACCGAUAAUCUUAAAUGGUUACAUUGCUGGUCAAGAGGCAGGGAAUGUGCCGUACGUGGUGGAGAACGGAUGUGGGGAAUUUUCAAAAUCACCAAUAGAGAUAUCAAAGAUUGUAGCGGAAUGGUUUGAACCGCGGUCGAGACAGUUGGAGAUAAUGUCGCAGAAUGCAUUGAGGCUGGCUAGACCUGAAGCGGUGUUCAAGAUUGUGCAAGACAUGCACGAGCUUGUUCGGCAGAGGAACCGUCUUCCUCAGCUCUCUUGCACUGCGUAACAUAUAUUGUAGUAACUCUAUUCAUUCAAACAAUAUCUUAUUUUGGUUAUAGACAAGAGUGUAACGAUACCAUACCAUAAUAUUUUUUGUUGCCCUUAAUUAAUGCAAAUGCUUAAGGCCGAUUAAUCA